GGAGACAGGACGGACGGGACAUAACGGUCUGUCUCAAACACACCCAUGGACCGCUAUUCCGUGGGAAAAGUAAUGAAAUAAGGUUGUGAAAAUGUUUUAGGGUUAUAAUGAUAAAGAUAGCAUUCACACAUUUGUUGGACUGAUAUGAAAAAAACGGUAAUAUUGAUUUAUAUAAAGGUAGAGUAAAUUUAUUAUUAUUUUUUUAAAUAAAAUGAUUUAGGACAGAUAGCGCACAUUCACAGCAAGGUUUUUCUGUAGUUUGUAUUGAGUUCCAUGUGUUGAAAGCCGGCGUUGUGGUUGUUUUUUUCAAAGCUUAUUAGCUAUUCGCGUGACGUCACACGCCCCCGGGAGGAACGCCUGGAUUUAAAUAUUAGACACGCCCACAGGGCCCACUUCACUCUUCCACGUGACUCCCUUCUGAGUGGAGUAAGAGGGGGUUGGUCAGGUCCUCCUCCGGCAUUCUGCGUUUUACCUUUAGCUGAUAAAGUCCGCUUUGGAGCAUCACAUUCUUCCACUCUCCCUCCCUGUUUCAGUCCUGUCCCGUUACUUGGUGUCGGAGAGUUUUUGGUGCUUUCCCUGGAAAAAAAAAAAACCUAAACAAAAAACUCGAACGCGAUUUUUCGCUCCUGCUUCCGCAGUCACCCCUCUGGUCCGUUAUCACCCCCAGACGGUGUUUCUUAUCGAAACAUUUCAGAUUUUUUUUUUUAUGAGUUAAAUCAUUUCAGCCAACAUGAGAAGAUCCUGUGCCAUUUACGCCACCGGGAUUGUGUGCGCUCAUCUGCUCAUCGUGGGAAUCGCCCUGAUGGUGGCUCAAGUCUUCCAAACAAUGAUCCAGGAGAGGAUCAAAAAGGAAAUCACCCUGGCCCAGAACAGUCGAGUAUUGGCGGGCUGGAUAAACCCCCCACCCCCAGUUUACAUGCAGUAUUUCUUCUUCAAUGUUACUAACCCUCAGGAGUUCUUGGAUGGCAAGGCAAAGCCUAAUGUCACACAAAUCGGACCGUAUACAUACAGGGAAUACAGGCCCCGAGAGAACGUGACAUACUUGGAAAAUGGUACCAAGAUUUUUGCUACGAAUCCUAAGAGUUUCGUAUUUCUCCCGGAAAUGUCUGCUGGGAAUCCAGAAGUGGACAUGUUGACCACUCCCAACAUUCCAUUCAUUGCCGUCAUGAAUGAAAUGCACUCCUAUUCUUUUUACAUCCGUCCUCUGAUCUCUAUAUGGAUCAAAUCACUGGGUGUCGAGCCAUUCAUGACGCGCAGUGUGCACGAGUUCCUCUGGGGUUUCAAAGAUCCACUGAUGACCAAACUUCACGCCUUGAAGCCUGAAGUGGAUGAAUACUUUGGCCUCAUGCACAAGAAAAAUGGAACCCAUGAAGGUGAAUUUGUCUUCCACACUGGAGAGAAGAACUACAUGGACUAUGGCAAGAUCGACACCUGGAAUGGAAUAAGAAAGAUGACCUGGUGGUCAUCAGAGCAGAGCAACAUGAUUAACGGCACAGACGGCAGCGUGUUCCACACUUUCCUGUCCAGAGAUGAGCUGCUCUAUAUCUUUGCUGCAGAUCUCUGCAGGUCGAUCCAUCUGGGAUACGUGCACGAUACAGAGGUGAAGGGGAUUCCAGCUUUCCGCUUCGCUCCUCCCGCUGAUGUCCUAGCAGCUCCCGACGAGAAUCCUGCCAAUGCUGGUUUCUGUGUGCCUGCUGGAGAGUGCCUGAGUAAAGGAGUGUUAAAAGUCAGCGUGUGCCGUGAAGGAGCACCUAUAGUUGUUUCAUUCCCCCAUUUCUACCAAGCUGAUCAAAAGUACAUUGAUGCCAUUGACGGAAUGAAUCCAAACAAAGAAGAGCAUGAAACAUACCUUGACCUGAACCCGACAACAGGGGUUCCUAUUCGUGCCUGUAAGAGAGCCCAGCUCAAUGUUAUAAUGAAGAGGGUACCUGGCUUCCCACAAACGCGAUACCUGAACGAAACCAUCUUUCCUAUUAUGUAUGUUAAUGAGACUGCAACUAUUGAUGAUGACUCUGCCUCUCAAAUGAAAACUCUGCUGUUGAUCAUAACCAUUGUGUCCAACUUCCCCGUCAUCAUUAUGGGUGUGGGCGCCUUAUUGUUGAUAGUCUUCAUCUUUUUAUUGUGCAGAAAUCGUCAAAGACAGAAUGAAGUAAAACGUAUUGAUUUUACCGAAGCUUUUCAUUCUUUUGCUCAGACGACAAAAGACGAUACGGCUUACACUCCUGUCAGCAACAAAUCCGACGAGUCGCCUGAAUCCCACAGCAGCCAGCCUCUGAAGAAUGGCUCCUACAUCGCCAUGUCGCCAGUGGAGACCCAGAAAUGUUGAUAAAGAUCAAAUUCGUGGCGUUCCCGCUCAGGGGAUCCACGUUUGUGACUCUGUUUUCCUCUUUUCACCUUUUGAUUCUUUCCACUGUGCAACCCAUUCAGGCAGGUCAGCUCACAGAAACACUGCGGUCGAACAUGACGGCGUCUUGAUAGACCAUCUCUCUUCUGCUGCCUUCUUAUUUUUUUUAUUUUUAUUUUUUUUGCUGUUGAAGCAUGGCCUUCUCGACCUGCGGUAUUUUAUGACGCAACAAAAAUCGCUACUCGAAAAAACAGCACUGUCGAUCUGGUCACAUCCUCCAGGUUUAUUGACACUAAUGUUGACUAGACACAAAGUGAAAGAAAAAAAAAAAAAACACUGAAAACACCUGCUCGCCUUUUGGGACCGUACUCCCAUAUGCAUGUUCACCAGUCUGUAUUUCCUGAUUUACCCUGUUUCGCACAGGGCUGUGAACACAAGGAGAGUGUUUUGCGUGAACGCAUCUACGCUGCUAGCAGGUGCCGUCAUGAACACCAGUGAUUUAGUGAUCAGCAAACACACUUAAGGUGCAGGAUCAAAGUUGAUUGCCACACUACUGUAGUGAAGUCUGUGCUGUCAGGCUUCAUGUAAAAAAAAAAAGUUCUUUAUUUUUUUUCCAUCUCGUAACCUUUUCUCGAAUCGGAGGCAGACGCCUUGGUUUGUCUCGUCAAAGAGUGUUUAAAAGGCUAAAGGGUCAUGUGCAAGCAUGGUCCUGGGUGUGAAUGUGUGCGUGUCUGGGGGGGGUUUUGUAUGUCAGUGUAGAAAGGCAGGUAUUUUGGUGCUUGCGUAUGUGUUAAUCUCACUGCUGUGAGCUGAUUUCUAAAGAGCACUCUGCUCUCUUAAGCGUCAUACAGUGCCAAGUAACGGUCACUCCAUUUCAAUGGUCCUUAACAUGUUAAAAUGUCAUCCUCUCGAUUAAUUGCCCAUAGGGUCCCAGAAUUGGUGAUAUCGCUCACUCCUUCAGCCAAUACCCGAUUUCAGAGGGUCUCCUAGUCGUGCUGUGAAAACGAGCUUUCGCUCCUGUUUUCCGAAAGGACAGAAAAGCAAGCUUACAAAUCGCACAAGUGAGACUUGAACCUGCUCUCUGCCUUACACGUGUGAGUUUGCUGUGUGAAAGGGCUUGGUAACUUAGUAGCGCGAGACGCCUCCGAGCAAAUCCCGCCUGUAUUCCGAACGAGUCCGCAAAUCAAGCCCUUGCGUCUCGUUUAAAGGCGUCUAAUCUCCAUCUCAGAGAACGCACAACUAGAUCGACCUCCUUUACUCAGGCGGUUGUUUACAGCCUCUUAUCUCUAGUGACUUUGAGGGCUGACGAAUGAAAAAUUUCAGCAGUCAUGAGGAGUUCAGGACAUCGUGUGCGCAUGUUACUUCAGUUCAAAUACGUGAGGCAACAGGGCAAACUAAAGCCCCAUGAUGAAACUAUCACUAUGAAACACCGUAUGUCUUGUUGCUUUUGUCGCUAUAGAUUCAGCCUAUGAUGUUUAAACCUGAAGCAUUUGAAGAGUGAGUAAAUGACAUGAAAGACUACUGGGCGAAGGGAAAAAAAGUGCACUUUUUCUUAAUAAAAAAAAAAUUAUUAAAUAUAAUGGUCCUGCACAUUUUAUGUAAUUCAGUGCAGUGGUCCUCAUUUGCAUUUCAGAGAUGUGCCCAAAUGUCUGUUUGUGUGCUUUAAGUUUCUCACUCUGGGUCUCUUACUUUGUUUUUGUGUUCUACGUUCUGAUACAAAGUCUAGUCUUAUUUCUGCGUCACAUGAUUUCUGCUAACAAAUGCUCAAAUUCCACAUACAGACAGAUGUAUUAUUAUAAAAACCAUUUAAUAUGCAUUUUGUACAAAGUGUGUUCAGCAUGGAGUCGUACCAUGUUACCAUCUUUAUCGAGUCAUGGAUUAUAUAUUCAAGGGUUCAGAUUCGGAUAUGUUACAUUCUACAUAUGUUCUGUUAUACACCAAGUCCUACAUUUUGUUCAGUAUUUUGGCAGACUGUUUAGACCUGUUUUGUAUGUUUCUUUGCAGUAUGCAUGAGUGUUCAUGGGGUUUGAGGAACUGGAACAUUUGGGUGAACACUUAUGGCCUUCUUGGUAUGCUUUUGUAGUCAGAAGUACACUAAUUAAUAACUAAUUACAACAAUGGCCUUUAUAAAACUCAGCAGCUGUGGACGAGUCUGCUGGUCCUCAUUACCCCGGAGUGGAACAUUCCACUUGUCCUGACUUGAAUUUUUAAACUCUUUAACCGGAGUCAUUUCCACACUUUACUGACUUUUGAGCCCAAACCUUCUCAUUGCUUCACUCAGCUGUACACUCAACCAAAGAUAACCUUAUAUCUAUAAGCGUCUCCCCAGUUUUGUUUGCUUUCACAGAUACAGCUGUAAUGCCAUCAAUUUACCAAUUUAUAACACUCAAGGGCAAAAGGCAAACGAACAUCAACAGGUUUUUUUUUUUUUCACUGAUAAUCUUAAGGACUAUUUCUACAGCGAUUAUAACAACUCUCGGCGCUGUGACGACACUCAGUAUUAUGUAUUGACGCAGCAAUACAUCGUGUAAAGCUAAUUUUGUAUAACUGAAAAAAGGUUUUGUAUCCAAACGCAUUCGUAUCACGUUUAGUGAUCUGUUCAUUAGCGGCACUUUGUGUAAUUUAGAUUGUUUUGGUUCUUUCUCAUUUUCUAACGUCACCCAAGUUUCCCCUCGACUUUCUCCCACACCCCACAGAUUUAUAACGUGCUUCUGAGUGCUGUUCCACCGUUGUGAUGUUAAAACAGUGUGUAUAUGAUGUGCAAGUUCAGUGGUGGUGAUUGAGAAAGGCUUUUGAGAGAAGUGACCUCCCAGGGCCACAAGUUUCUUAAGAAGCCACUGCACUGUUUUGUCCGGUGUGGAGUGCCAUAGGAAGGCUGAGUGUCUUUGAGUGUAGUUUAAAAGGGUGAUUGCCUUUGUGCCAUACCAGGCACUAGAUCAUUGAACCUUUUAUUUUUCUCCCUUAGAUGAAUGAUGCCCUCCUUCAGGAUGAGAUUUUAGUGCCAUUUGUUUAUUGAGUUUUAGGAAUUUACUAAAACAGUGUAGCAGAGUCCGUAUUUUUUUUUCCCCCUGCAUUUCAGUUCACCUUCCCAAUGUGAUGAAGGAUGGUUUUGAUCAUUUCAUUAUAUUUGCUGCUGAAAAAGACAAUCCCCACGUCAUGUAAAGGUGCAACGUUUUCUUUGAAAAUAAAAAAAUAAAUAAAAUUAGUUUUUAAGAUUUACACUGCACAAAUGUUUCUGCAAUACCUUUUGUAAACAUUUUUAGUGUUCUUUGCAUAAAAUUAAAAGAAAAAACGUUUGCAUUUA